CUGUCUCAGUUGAUGGUUGUGUCUGGCUGGCUGUGUCUCUGAUGUCAAACCCCUCCUGUCUGAAAAGACUGGACAUGGACAGCAAUUCACCAAAGGGAUCAGCACAGAGGUUCCUACUGGACACAUUCAAGGACCCCCACCGCAAAGUUGAAGGCAUUCAACUCGCUGGUGCCAAACUUGGAGAUACAUUCUGUGAUAUUGUGGCAGGUGUUCUGAAGUCAGAAAACUCUUUGACAGAGCUAGACCUGAGUACAAAUUUCUUGGAAGAUUCCAGAGUUGAACUUCUAUGUAAAGGACUAUCUAGUCCUACCAGCAAAUUGCAGAUAUUAAAACUUGCUGGCUGUAACCUGACUGAUGAAUCCUAUGAGGUUGUAGUCUCUAAUCUGCAGUCUAUGGUCUCCCUGACAGAGCUGGAUCUGUGUGAUAAUUACAUGAGUGUGCAUGGAGUUCAGCUUCUACAUACAUCAUUAAGUCACCCCAACUGUAAACUGCAGACAUUAAGACUUGUUGGCUGUGGACUUACUGAGGAGUCUGGUGAUAUUUUAGCCUUUGCUCUACAGUCAGUAAACUCCCACCUGAGGGAGCUGGACCUGAGUAAGAACAAUCUGAGGGAUUGUGGGGGAAAGCUUUGCUCUGAAGCACCAAAUCCACACUGUAAGAUGGUGACACUCAGACUGGCUAACUGUAACCUGACAGAGAGACCAUGUGAGGUGAUAGCCUCUGCUGCACUGUCAUGGGUCUUCCUGACAGAGAUGGACCUGAGUUGCAAUUACAUGAGUUUAUCUGGAAUUCAGCUUCUGAAUGCAGUAUUACGUCACCUCAGGCAGCCAAUACCAAGGUACCACAAUGGAGAAAAUGGCAGAAUCAAACCAGAACUGAGAGAGUAUGCUUGUGAGCUCACGCUAGACCCAAACACGGCAUGCAGAGUCCUCCCUCUCUCUGAGGGGAACAGAAAGGUGACAUGUGUGAUUGAAGCGCAGCCAUACCCUGACCACCCAGACAGAUUUGAGAAUAAUGCGCAGGUGCUGUGUAGACAGGGUCUGUCGGGACGCUGCUACUGGGAGGCUGAGUGGAGUCGUGAAGCUGCAAUAGCCGUGGCAUAUAAAAGCAUCCAGAGGAAAACAGGGGGCAAAGAGAGCGGCUUUGGACGCAAUGACAAGUCCUGGUUUCUGAGAUGCAGUAGUGACAGUUACUCUGCCUGGCACAAUGAUGAGGAAAUUGACAUACCCGCCCCCUUCCCCCAGUCCGGCAGAGUAGGAGUGUACCUGGACUGGCCAGCAGGCACUCUGUCCUUCUACAGCGUCUCCUCUGACACACUCACCCACCUGCACACGUUCCACUCCACAUUCACUGAGCCCCUCUAUCCUGGGUUUGGGUUUGCGUUUUUUUCUUUGGGCUCCUCAGUGUCCUUCUAACACAUGCCAUGAGGCCUCAUCCUACACGAACACCAGAGUCUUCUGAGUCCUCACACGCUCCUCUUCAAAGACCACUGGAUUCUAUGGGUGGGAGUCUUCAUCAUCAAAGUGAUACUAUAUGAAUCUUGAUACACAUGCCAACAAUUCGAUACAUUCACAAUUCAUGAAAUUUCCAGUGAUAAGACAAAAUAAUAUUCUCCUACUGUGAUGCAGUACAAUAAUGGUAUGAUUCUGUUAUAGCACCAUGCAAUGCAGUACGAUUUUAUACAAUGCCAA